AAGAACAUGGCAACCAAAGGAAAGGGAAAAGGGGGUAGAGAAGAUAAAAAGAGUGCAAAAAAGUCAGAAGAGCCACCUCCAAUUAAAGAGACAAAAGAGGAGGAGACUCCUGAAGUCUUAGAGGAGACACCAAUACAAGUGGAAGAACCUCCAAUCGUCGAAGAGCCUCCAAAAGAACCGACACCUGAGCCGGCGUACGAUGAACCAACACUAACGGAACUGAUCGUAGAAAGUUAUGAAGGAGAAAAGGUUAGAGGUCUCUAUGAAGGCGAAGGAGAAUGUUCUUUUACAGGAGGGCACCAUUACAAGGGUAACUUUUCAUCCGGGUUGAUGCAUGGCCGUGGAAUUUACACAUGGGCAGAUGGAGUGCAGUAUGAAGGUGAAUUUACUAAUAACCAAGUUACUGGCAAGGGAACCUACAGGUGGCCUAAUAAAAGCUCAUAUGAAGGAGAUGUUGUAAAUGGCAUGAGACAUGGAUAUGGCAUAUUUCGUGUGAAGAGUGGUACAAUGAAUUAUGCAGGAGAUUGGUGCAUGGGGAAAAGGCAUGGAAAGGGCCGCAUGGAAUAUGACCCUCAAGGACAGUCAUACUAUGAUGGAGAUUGGGUGAACAACAUCAAGCAUGGCUGGGGUAUAAGGCAGUACCCUAGUGGCAGUGUAUAUCAAGGGAUGUGGUUCAGUAAUGUGAGACAUGGGGAGGGGACCAUGAAGUGGGUGGACAAGGACCAGAUGUACCUGGGACAGUGGGAGGAUGGGGUUCAGCAUGGAAUGGGUCAGCACAUCUGGUUCCUGAGAAGAGUAGGUGGAUCUCAAUAUCCUCUGAGAAACACUUAUGAUGGAGAAUUCUGCAAGGGUCUGAGGCAUGGGUAUGGUACUUUCUACUAUGCUAAUGGAGCCAAAUAUGAAGGCAUGUGGAAGGACAACAUGAAACAUGGGCAGGGAAAGUUUACCUUUAAGAAUGGUCGCAUAUAUGAAGGCAGAUUUGAGAAGGAUCACAUAGCUGAGUUCCCAUCUUUCUCUCUUGAUGGGACCUGUACACCUGAUCUGGGGCAGAUUAGAACAAGGACUCCUCUACCUGCAGAUAAUGUGUCUGUACACAGUAAUGAGAGUAAGAAUACCCUGGGUCCCAGCAUGGCACUGGAGAUUGACCACUUACUAACAGAAUUUACUGAGUUUGACAGAGAAGAGGAAGUAAAUCAGGUAAUGUAUGUGAUCAUGCGGCAUAUGUCCAGUCUGAGGAUGAUUUACAACAACUAUGCCAGCCUUGGAUAUGAAGAGAGCCCAGACAAUACAUAUAUAAUGAACAGGAUGCAGUUCUGGAGGAUGAUGAAGGAUUGCAAGUUUCACCACCAUGAUAUCACACUCAUGGACAUGGAUAGGGCAUUAGUGCCAGAUCCAAGGAGUUCAGAUCUGCACAACCCAUAUGGCAAGAUCCUGAUUCGAGAAUACUUGAACCACCUGGUCACAUUGGGCUACCUUAUAUAUGGUGAAGAGCAUGAUGGAAAAGGUCCUGUGCUUGCCUGGUGUUUGUCCAAGUUGAUAGCAGACAACAUUCUACCUAAUGCCUGCUCUGUGGGAGGAAACUUUUACUAUGAACAGAGAAGAGCAGUGAAUGCACUGGUGCACAUGGACAGAGCCUACCAAGUCUAUAACUCCAUCUGCUCACCUCGAAAGCAUACCCCACAUGAACCUUCAAUGAAGAUGAGACAAUUCCUUUUUAUGCUGAAGGAUUAUAAACUGGUGAAUGCUGACCUGACCCCACAGAAUGCUAUCAAUGUCCUGGCAGCAGAUGACCCUAAGGUAGCAGAUCCAGAGGGAGCCUACAACUUAGAGCUAGAGAUGUGUUUCUUAGAGUUCUUUGAGGCCCUGAUAGGCUGUGCCCAGGUGUAUGUGACAGAGGCAGUGGUCAAAGAUCCGUCUACUCCACGUCCAAGUACACAGCUGACCCAGGAGCAGAGCAUGCUGUCCAUCCCACUGUCCCCUGGAAGAGCGGGCAGUCGAGAGCAGACUGAAAUAGAUGAUGGUGAGGAAGAAGAAGGGGAGGGAUCACAACAUCAUAAAUCUCCAUCCCCGGAGACAGCAGCCACCCCUGUGGCCCCCAGGGCAGUCUCCUCCUCUGGUGGGACACAUAAAACUGGGGAAGGUUCUCACAAACUUCAAGAACAGCAAGCCUCCAAUGCUACUGCCAGUACUUCACAUUCUGAUCACCGACCUGCAGUGAGCCAACAGGAGAGUGCAAGGAAUGUCCCAUCUGAACAAGGUGGUCUGGCUGACACCAGGAAAACCAUGUCCUUUAUGAGUGCACACAGUCACAGGACAGAGGAGGGGGAGCCACCACUCAUGCAGAGCAUGGUCUCCGUAGGUGUGGCACACUCUGAUAUUGGAGAUGAGGAGGAUGAAGAAGAAUGUGAGGAAGUGGUAGAAGAGGAGGAACUGGAUGAAGACACAAGAAAAUACAACUUCUGGACACAUCAGGUGCACAUCUUUUUUAUGCGUAAAUUUUUCCCAGCCUAUGAGAACAUGUCCAUGCUGAAUCACAUGAUAGCACUGAAGUAUGCUGAUGACGGAAGACGGCACUACCACCCAGAGGAAGAGAAGUCCACCAAGUCUCCAUUAAGAUCAUCCCCUAUUGAAAGUUAAUUUUGUUCAAGGAUGUUUUAAUCCCAGACAGGCAAAGAGAGCACAAGAGAGCACUGCAAGGAACUUCAAGAUUACCAGUGCUCAAUUUAAAUAAAAGACUUAUCAGCAUAACAACCAUGUUGAAAUUCAUUUAUGAUGUGACCUAAAACACUAAAAAACUAUCAUUCUUUUUGUAUGGGUAAUUAACUCAAAUAAGUAGCUUGACUUGGACUGUGGCAGAUUUGAAUGGACUGAUUUGAUGCAUAAUGUACUGAACUAGUUAAUGAAGUCAGUAUCCAAGUCUGCAGAUACUCAAUCAGAAACCAUUUGAAAUACUGUUCCACCUCAGCAUACCUUAUAAUCUUAUCGUAUUUUAUAUUGAUUGUUGUACAUAUGUAUUUUUUCAAGGAUUAAAUCUAUUUGUGAUUUUUGUUUUUGGUUAUCCGAGUAUGGACAUUUUAAAAUAACUAUGCACUAAAAAGGCAGGACCCCUCGUUAGC